AUGGAUUUCGUUGCAAGCUCUGUGAAUGCUUCUUCUUCUCUUCGUUGCUGUCACUAUGACUCUUUCCCUGCCAUCUCCAUUCCUAAGGUGUCACAGUGGAAGUGUUUUUCAUUAAGGGUAAUAGAAUCUCGGUUUCCAUUGGCAUAUAGAAGGAAGAAAGGUGUUGGUUAUAGAAAUAAGUAUUCUGGAAGAGAUUUUUCAAUUGGGGUUGUGUCACGGUUAAGCAGCAUCUAUUAUCCUCAGUGUAGCUAUUUUCCAUCCAGUUGGGGUCUCAUUUCCAAAAGAAGGAAAUGUAACAGUCUUCUAAGACUGAAGGAUUGUUCAGAAAACGUAAGACAGCAUGCUUCUAUUCUGUUUAUGCGGUUGGUUACUGGAGUGAUCUUGGUCAUGUCUGUUUCUCUGGCUUCUAGUGAGCCAUCCUGGGGACUGUCUGAAGAAAAUCUUCUCUUUCUGGAGGCGUGGAGAACAAUUGACCGAGCGUAUAUCGAUAAAAGUUUUAAUGGACAGAGUUGGUUUAGAUAUAGAGAAGAUGCACUUCGCAAUGAACCAAUGAACAAUCGAGAAGAGACAUAUAAGGCAAUAAGAAAGAUGCUUGCCACAUUGGAUGAUCCAUUCACCAGAUUUUUGGAGCCUGAAAAGUUCAGAAGUUUGAGGUCUGGAACUCAAGGCGCUUUAACUGGAGUGGGGAUAUCAAUAGGCUAUCCUACUAAAGGUGACAUGCAAACUGGUGGACUUGUUGUCAUUUCAGCUUCACCAGGAGGUCCUGCAUAUAGAGCUGGUGUUUCAUCUGGAGAUGUUAUUCUGGCAAUUGAUGAUACAAGCACAGAAAGCAUGGGGCUGUAUGAUGCAGCUGAACGCCUACAGGGACCAGAAGGAAGCUCUAUAGCUUUGACCAUUCGCAGUGGUUUGGACAUAAAACACCUGGAUUUGAGGCGAGAGAAAGUUUCAGUGAAUCCAGUGAAGUCUAGACUGUGCAAGCUACCUGCUUCAGGAAAUGAUUCCCCCACAAUUGGUUAUAUCAAACUAACAUCUUUCAACCAAAAAGCUUCAAGUGCUAUCAAAGAAGCAAUCAAUACAUUAAGGAGUGAUGAUGUUAAUGCAUUUGUUUUGGACCUUAGAGAUAAUAGUGGUGGUCUUUUCCCAGAAGGAAUUGAGAUUGCCAAAAUUUGGUUGGACAAAGGUGUCAUUGUGUAUAUUUGUGAUAGUCGUGGUGUUCGAGAUAUACUCGAUACAGAUGGAAGUAGUGCACUGGCAAUUUCAGAACCACUGGCUGUACUGGUAAACAAGGGAACUGCAAGUGCGAGCGAAAUAUUAGCUGGUGCAUUGAAAGACAAUAAACGGGCCAUAUUGUUUGGAGAGCCAACAUAUGGAAAAGGGAAGAUCCAAUCAGUUUUUGAGCUGUCGGAUGGCUCUGGAUUAGUUGUUACAGUUGCUCGCUAUGAGACACCUGCACAUACAGAUAUUGACAAGGUUGGUGUCAUUCCUGACCAUCCCCUACCAACAUCAUUUCCUAAAGACGAGGAUGCAUUUUGCAGUUGCCUCCAAGAUCCUGCAUCCUCUUGCUAUGUUAACAGGGUCCAGCUAUUUUCAGAAUGA